GUUCGCCGAUGCCGAUUAUGGGUCAUGGAGAUCCUUCGCGGAUGCUCCACUCGGUAUUUACACCGCCGAUGCUCGGAGUUAAGCCGGGAAAGAUGAAGAUGCGACGCAACAAGCUCGCUUCACCCGGCCUGCCAUCGUCCAUGUCUGACGGAAAGUCUCCAUCUGGUUUUGAAUCUGACUUCGCUAAUCCGAAUGGUUACGAAGUCAACCGGAGUGCGGAGUGCAAAGUUCGCGACGUCUGGCUCGAAUGGAAGGAAGGGCUGAAUGGUUUCCCGUCGAUUGAGAAGCUUGAAGAAGAGAGGAAGAAGGACCGGAAGAAAGUCUGGUGGAAGAAUAUGAACGACUACAAAUACUGGAGCAAGCAG